AUGAAUGAAGAGAUGUAUUAUCGAACAGAAAAUAAUGGUUUAAAUAAAGUGUAUGAACAUUCUCAUUUAUGUGAAAGUGAUUCAUAUGGUAUUACACCAUUUGAAUAUGCAUGUUUAAGUAAUUUAGCAUAUGCAGACAAUGUAAAUGACGACAAGUAUGCAAACAUAAAGAAAUAUCUUGACGGUAUUGGAUGGAAGGAAAUUGAAAUUCAUGAAAAGAAAAAAGAUGACAAUAAAGAUGGUCCUGUCUUACAUUACCUUAUUGCGAAUAAAAAUGAUAUUACUGUUAUUGGAUUUAGAGGAUCAUAUGAAUUCUCUGACUGGGUUUAUGAUUUUAAAUUAUUUACAGAAUCUGCAUUGCCAUCUUUGUCUGUUUCAAUAUUUCCAGUAUUUACAAAUCAAGCUCUUUUAAAAAUAAGUUAUAUUCUAUCGCUUUUCGGUUCAAAGGCAUUUCCAAUAAGUGGUUAUGAUUUGGUUGAUAUUGCUAAAACAGUAGUACAAAGUGAAAUAAGCAAGGCAUCAAAUAAACAAUAUAUUGUUACUGGACAUUCUCUUGGAGGAGGAAUUGCAAAUAUUGUUGGAAGUGAAUUAGGAAUAGUAAGUUUUGGAAUAUCACCUCCCGGCACAUAUUUAGGAGCAAAAGCACGAGGGUUGAAGAAAAAGGAUAUAAGAUUAUUUGCACGUGCUGUAAUUCCUGAUAGAGACCUUGUUGCUUCAUUAGGUGUUGAGGGUGGGUUACAAAUGUCAAUUCCUUGUUAUGAACGUGGGUUUGGUUGUCAUAGUAUUGAUAAUUCAGUAUGUAUGAUUGGUGCGUUAUGCCAUUAUAAUGAAACAGAAAAUAUAAAAAAUAUAUGUUCUAUGAAAUGGGAUGAUUGGAAAUUAGGUUUUGAUGCUAAAGUCAAUUGA